GGCGCCUCCCACCCGCCGUACGGAACAGAGCCGCUGGAGUAGAGAGACGCACACAGCGGAGCCCAGACCAUCUCUGCCCGCAGCAAGCUAAGCCCGCAGCAAGGCCACUGCGGGAAGAUGGCGACGGAAAAAACGAAACAUGAAGGAAGAGUUAAAAUAGGACAUUACAUUCUCGGAGACACACUCGGAGUGGGGACGUUCGGGAAGGUUAAAGUUGGCCAACAUGAGCUGACCAAGCACCAAGUGGCAGUGAAGAUCUUGAACAGGCAGAAGAUCCGCAGUUUGGACGUUGUGGGAAAGAUCCGCAGGGAGAUCCAGAACCUCAAGCUUUUCAGGCAUCCUCACAUAAUUAAACUGUAUCAGGUUAUUAGCACCCCAACAGAUAUCUUCAUGGUGAUGGAAUAUGUCUCAGGAGGCGAGCUCUUUGACUACAUCUGCAAAAACGGAAAGUUGGAUGAGAAGGAGAGUCGUCGGCUGUUCCAGCAGAUCAUUUCAGCUGUAGACUACUGCCACAGACACAUGGUGGUGCACCGAGACCUCAAGCCUGAAAAUGUGCUGCUUGAUGCACACAUGAAUGCCAAGAUUGCAGAUUUUGGUUUAUCAAACAUGAUGUCAGACGGAGAGUUCCUGCGAACAAGCUGUGGUUCUCCAAACUAUGCUGCUCCUGAGGUCAUCUCGGGAAGGUUAUAUGCUGGUCCAGAGGUCGAUAUCUGGAGCAGUGGAGUCAUUCUCUAUGCCUUGUUGUGUGGGACGCUUCCCUUUGACGACGACCACGUGCCAACACUCUUUAAGAAGAUCUGCGAUGGGAUCUUUUUCACCCCGCAGUAUCUGAACCCUUCAGUAAUAAGCCUCCUUAAACACAUGCUGCAGGUGGACCCCAUGAAAAGAGCCACUAUCAAAGAGAUCCGAGAGGACGAUUGGUUCAAGCAGGACCUACCCAAGUACUUGUUCCCUGAGGACCCCUCCUACAGCAACAACAUGAUUGACGACGAGGCCCUGAAGGAGGUAUGUGAGAAGUUUGAGUGCACAGAGGAGGAGGUCCUCGCCUGCAUAUACAGUCGCAACCAUCAGGAUCCACUGGCCGUCGCCUACCACCUCAUCAUUGACAAUCGUCGCAUCAUGAAUGAAGCCAAGGAUUUCUACCUGGCAUCCAGCCCUCCCGACUCUUUUCUAGACGACCAGCACCUGACCUCAUCUGGCUCAGCUGUGACCGUCAAGCCCCACCCUGAGCGCGUACCCUUCCUUGUGGCAGAGACGCUCCCCAGGCCUCGCCACACGCUAGAUGAAUUAAACCCCCAGAAGUCCAAGCACCAGGGGGUUAGAAGGGCCAAGUGGCACCUGGGUAUCCGCAGUCAGAGUAGACCCAAUGAUAUCAUGUCAGAAGUGUGUCGUGCCAUGAAACAGCUGGAUUAUGAGUGGAAGGUCGUGAAUCCAUAUUAUCUACGUGUGAGAAGGAAGAAUCCGAUCACGGGGAUGCAAACCAAGAUGAGCCUUCAACUCUACCAGGUGGACAGUAGAACCUACCUCCUUGACUUCCGUAGCAUAGACGAUGAUAUGUUGGAGACAAAAUCUGGAACUGCUACCCCUCUCCGCUCUGGGUCUGUGGGAAACUAUCGCACCACUAUUAAGAACGAUGUUGAUGGGGCGGAUGCUCCAGCUACGUCGAGCCUUGUGCAAUCCACCAAGGCUGCAGAAGGCUCUUUAGCGUCGUCAUUGACCUCCUCCAUCGACUCGACGGGAGGCGGAGACAUUGCAUCUAUCCCUCGACCAGGAAGCCACACCAUUGAGUUCUUUGAGAUGUGUGCAAAUCUUAUUAAACUACUUGCACGAUAGCUUGCAAAACAAUCGCUAGCCUUUUUUCUUCUCCGAGUGUCUUUAUAGCAAUAAGCAUGCAACCGAUUCAUGGCUCAACUCAUCCCGGCUGAGGAUGAAGUGAUUGUUCCAUGGCACUGAUGCGAGUCAGUGUUCCCUAAGAGGAAGAGAUGUAUAUUGAGCUGGCAGGGAAUGGAAGGGGUUACUAAGAACGAGAAGUGACAAGCUACUUAAUAGCUUAGGACAGAACAACAUUUAGGAGGGGGUUUUACAAUUUUCUGAUCAAUUUAAUAGCAAAAUGUCCACAUCCCACCUAUACAUAUACGCGCAAGUGAUUACACUGAAUUUUCUGUGCUGUAGCCAGCGAGCACUGCUUUCCAGUACAGAGGAAAAGAUCAAGUUUGUACCUGCAGAGAAGGAAGCCACAUGUUGAGGGUUUGGUAUUUGGGUGGCAGCCGUAUAGGAUGCAGGAAGCACUUUUGCACAAGUAUCUUUUAUUUCCUGCUGCUCUUGUAUUUCUCUCAGUGGGGAUCAGAGGAGUGGUGCAGAUGUAUCGGGCGCUGCACUGGCUAUAACUAGGGUUGUCGUACCCAUCACACUCAUUGGACUUUGAAGAAGUGCAAUGACCCUUGUAUUCCUGUCUUGUGUCAGGGACAAAAGAAUGCUUCAUCAGAUUUAUGUUUGGGUUUCUUUUUUCUUUUCUUUUUUUUUUUGAGAAUCUGAGUUGUCAGACUAAAUUGUCAUGGUUUUGUCCUUGUUGUAAAAAUUUGUUCGAAUGUGUCUGUCCCCUACAUUUUUAUAUAUAAAGACGUGAAUAUAUUUAUCAGUGCGUUAAGUGGACGCAGUGUUGGCUCUAUUGGAAAUGGAUUUUUUUUUUGUUUUUGUUUAUUGCAUUAAGAUCUAUUGCUGGAUGGCAUAUAUAUUCCUUUUUUUACUGUCUGGUUUUUAAAUCAAUAUCACAGUUUUGUUUCCUUCAAUCAUGAUUAUUCUGAUACUUGAUUGUCUUUCCACAUAAAUAUAGCCUGCUUUUACCAUUUAAGAGGUAUUUUGCCAUGACAGUCAAAAUCUAGAAAUAUAUCAUUUUCACAUGUCACAUAUUAAAAUGACAAGUUGAUUUUGACUUUUUAUUUGUUGUAUUUUCUAUUUCUUGUUUGUUUUUUUUUUUUUUUAGAUCAAGAAUUAGGAUGAUUACUGAGUUAAAUGCCUUUUGCCUACAUUCAACUUGUAAAUGCCAAUCCAUCACAAGCAUCUAGGCCUCAUAGCUCAGUUCCAAAAUGAGUAGUAGCAAUUACAUGCAGUGCAUUGACAACAUGUAACGGCAGGUGAAUACACCCAGAAUAUUGCUAUUUUUUGGAAAUGUUUGUUUUGAUUGCCCCAUGCAUUCCCAUGAAGCUUGACCGUAAAGGAAGAUUUACAUAUGUUUGAACCGGAAUCAGACUUGUGAGCUUGCAGUCCAGCCGGUUAGAUCGCAUUUCUGAUAAAAGAAAUAAAAACUUUGCACGCGCAUUGAGGUCGUAACCGUGUAGCUGGUUUAUAUUUGAUAAAAAAAAAUAUAAGACGGAACCUGAUACUUGCAAGCUCACAAAGCUGGUUGAUUUGUCUUUAAUCACAAGUGUGAUGCGUCUCCCUUCAUUUCCUGUCCACAGUCUUAAAGUUUUGAGUGGUGUCUGUUGUUUGGCUGCCUUAUCAUUAUCAGUACUGUUGAAUCAGUUUUUAUUUCAGUAAAAGAUUGAUUGGUCAGAAUUAUUGGCACAUUUUGCAGUUUUAAGAGUUACAGUCCACAAAGUAUUUUGUCAGUGUCCGUUUGUUUCAAAUUAAAAGAUUAUUCUAUUUGUUGGCUUUAAAAAACAAGAAAAAGAAAACUCCUAAAAUGCAAAACUUAAAAUAAACAUCUGAUUACUGUAUGUUGUUGCCAAACUGUUGUAGACCUGAGUAAUUGUUACCACAUUUUAAUUUAGGCAAAGGAAAAACUAAAUUUAACAUAAAACGUAAACUGGUUUCUAAUUGCGUCAUCAUCAUUUUUGUCCUCAUACAUUUACACCAGGUUUAAAAGACGUGCAUGUUCUCAGUGUAAUAUCAAACACUUAGUUACUUUAGUUAUGAGGUAUUGGAAAUUGCUGAAGUCUUUGUUUUCCAGUGUUAAGCCCACAGCUUUAAAAUUAUAUACAAAAUAUCUCAUUUGUAAAAAAGAGUUUACAUUUCAGAGGUGUUGUUCGACAAAAAUUGCCAAGUGACAAUAAUUAUGAUCAUCUUGUUUCUUUUGCUGUCUUGCGGGGCAGGUUUGGACUGAAAUAUUUAGUUGAUAUUUGACAGUUAUGUCUCAGUUUUAAACUAGAGUUUAUAAAAUAUAGUGAUCAUGGUAAGGAAACACGCACUAUGGUCUUGGAAAGAUAUUGUGAAACUAAAGCAUUUUUAGUUUAAAGGGCAGUUGCAAGUUCAGAUUACAAAACUUCUCAUGAGUUUCAUGAUGGGUAUUGUAGGAGAGAUGAAUGUGUGAGGCCGUGACCUUUUUUGACAGCAGAUGGAGUAGUGUCCUAGUGGACUGUUAGCAGAUAUAUUCUGUCUAUUUGAACUGCUUCAAAGAAAUAUUGUUCUAUUUUUGUUUGAUGUGUAAAGGGACCCUACCAGAUGGACCAGUGUAAAUCUGAAUGGACAGUGUUGAAAUCGUUUGUAUACACAACUGCCUAAUAAACUGCUAAAUUGCACACAA